CUCAUCUCACGUUCGGACCUCCCAUCACCCUCCGGGAUUCGAAGAAAGAAACGCACUCCCCACGGACCAUCCACGUCACCCAAACUUCAAAGCUGCACCCCCGAUCGCGAUGGCACCCAACCCCGGAAGCUCAUCGAAGCCGCCGAUGUUUGUCUCGCAGAAGUCGAGUGCGGCGCCGGCGUCGGUCGACAUGGAGCAGGUCGAGCUCCGAGACAUGAUCGCGGCCGGCCCGCCGCCCGAACUGGCACUCAAGGACGAUAUCAUGAAGCUGGCCAUGCACGGCGACGAGUUUGGGCUACGCGCGCUGCUGGACUCCGGCGUCUCGGCGGAUUUUAGAGAUGCCGACGGGAUUACACCGCUACAUUGGGCCGCGAUUAAUAACCGCUACGCCGCCGUCAGGUUGUUGCUCGACGAGGGCGCGGACCCGAACGCUCACGGCGGGGAUAGCGAUGCGACGGCGGCGAUGUGGGCCGCGCAGCGCGGACACCACUACAUUGUACACCUACUCCUCUCGCGCGGUGCCGACACAUCGAUGGUGGACGAUUCCGGCUAUAACUUGUUGCACCUAGCCACCUUCGACGGGAAUGUGCUGCUGCUGGUACUACUGCUGCAUCAGGGAAUACCGGUGGACUCGCUGGAUCCCCAGGGUCAUACAAGUUUGAUGUGGGCAGCUUAUAAGGGCUAUCCGGCGUGUGUGGAUAUGUUUCUGAGGUGGGGUGCGGAUAUCCGCGCGGUUGACGAGCAGGGCUUCACAGCGCUACAUUGGGCGCUGGUACGGGGGAACUACACGUGCAUCGAGAAGCUGCUGGAGUACGGGGUUGACAGGUUUGCACCGAACAACGAGGGGAAGACACCGAGUGUUGUGGCGGGGGAGCUCAAGACCGAGAAGGCGUGGUGGGAUGCGCUCGAGGAGUGCGGAUUCGACCGCAACGGACACCCACUGCAUAAGCCAAAUACGCUGUUUGGGAUCCACGUGCAGGACCGGGAGGCGGCGCUGAAAAGAUUCUUUUUUCUGUGGCCGUUUUUACAGGUGUUUUUAUUCGUGCAGUGUUGUGUCUGCUUUGAGUGGUUCAUUGCGGUCCCCUCGGCGAUCGUGGUGGCGGGUGGGAUGCACUGGGUGGCGACGCGCGCACUACAGUGGGCACCGCCAGGACAGAAAGCGAUACAUAGGACUCCAUAUCUGGCCGGGAUAUUCACGGGCACGGCGUUUUGGAUUGGAAUUCGGUGGAUGUGGGCAAUAUUACCAAAUACAUUCUGGAGCGCACCAUUCAGCAAUCUCUUCUUCUUUAUCUUCUUCGGUGGCUGUCUCUACUUCCAUGCCAUCUGCAUGGCCUAUGACCCGGGAUUCGUGGCGAAACCAUCGGGUCUCAAUGAGCAAAAGCAGGUCAUAGAAGAACUGCUGGGCCUCUGGAAAUACGACGAUCAGAACUUUUGCGUCCAGUGCAUGCUGCGGAUGCCGCUCAGAAGUAAACACUGCAAGCGCUGUAACCGUUGUGUCGCCAAACACGACCAUCAUUGCCCUUGGGUCUUCAACUGCAUAGGCAUCGCCAACCACCGCCAAUUCUUUCUCUACAUCUUCAGUCUGGAAAUUGGCAUCUUUUUCCUGGUGCGGCUGGUGCUCCUUCACGCGCAGCUCCUCCCACCCCCCGAUACCCCGCCAAUCUGUGCACUCCUCUCGGAAGUAUUCUGCGCACCUCUCUGGCAAGACCCGUUCACCUUCUACAUCAGCAUCUGGGGCUCGCUACAAGCCACGUGGGUUACCAUGCUCCUCUGCGUGCAACUCAUCCAGAUCGCCAAAGCGCAGACCACCUACGAGAGCAUGACCUCAUCCAAGCACCACGGGCACCACCACCACGGCAGCCGCGACAAGAUCACCACCGCACUCGCUACAGCGAUCACGACGGGGUCGACCUCGACGAGCGGCGCCGCACUCGAUCCGUCCGCGCGCGGCCCGGACCCCGCCGCAUCCAUCUCGAGCCGCAUGGACGAGGGCUGGUGGCGGAAAACCAAGCAGCUGUUGGGCGUCGAUGUGUUCUGGCGGACCGCCGGAGGCGGGCAGCAGACACACAGCGAGAAGAACCCGUUCUCAGCUGGCAUCGUCAGGAAUUGCAAGGACUUUUGGGGCGGCGCGGCGCCCGCGUGGAGGCCGCCACUCGAGGGCGGGCUAAGCGCCGAGGGAGAGCUCGCGGGGAGAAGGAUCAAUUACGCGAACAUCUAUGAGGCGCCGCGCUUGAGAGGUGGCAGGUGGGUUGGUGAGGGUGAGGUGUAGGCGGGAGAAGAGAUCGGA